AUGGACGACGACGACGAGCACUCGGCUUCACAAGCGCACUCAUCAAAAGGUGAUCAAACAGAUUGGACAGAGGACUCGGACGACGACUUGUAUCGAUCAAUAAUAUCCGACAAUGUGGACAAAAUCAUCAUUGCGCAAGAUUCACUCCGAGCAUUUACCAAUACCAUUUGUCCCAGUUCAUAUGGGUCCAUGACGGAAGUCAAGUUCAGCGCGCUGGAUGGCUUGAUCGUGAAGCCUAUUGGCAUUUAUGGGAGCAAAGAAGAAAUAGUGCAGCUCUUAUUGUCUCUCGGCGUUGUCGACGACUACAUAGCAGCGCAGCUUGUUGUAAACCACAGCGAGACCAGUGUUUCGAAACCAAGCCUUCGUUCUGGACUGUACAUCGUCCGAUCAGAUCGUGAAACUAUCUCCAGUGAACAAUUGUUCGUCAUCUACUGGCUCGAGGAUGCCACUUGAAGCGACUCAGCUCCUUCAUCCGUGAAACGCAACCGUGUUA